AUGGACUCAACCUACGAGUUCGAAGCCCCGCCCACUUUUCACCCCAACAUCAGACCGGUUUCCCUUCCAGUCGAGGAUGAUGACCUAUUGUUUGCGGCCAUGGCUUUCGGCAUGUUCAACGGGACAAUGAUCCUCUCUUUCUCACAAGCCCCACUGAAGAUGGUUCAGCCACAAGUUACCCGUGUCACGCCUGAAGAAGACGAGGAAGACGGCGGGACGGGAGAUCAUGAUAUGUCCUGGCUUUGGGAUAUGUGGAUGGAAAAAUACAACACGAAAAGAGUCACCAGGGAUGCUCUCGGCGUCAUGGAAAGGCCUACUAUCUUCGCGGGAGUAUCACGAGAGAAGCAGAGUUGGCGACUGCUCACCAGACGCAAGCCGAACCCCUCUCGGCGGCUUUAUUUCUGCUCAAAAGGGUACGCGGAGGGGUCUAGGGUUGCCAAGGCACUCAAAGGAUUCCUCGAUUUCAACGAGUCUUGCACCAGGCUUAGAGGCCUCAUCAGAUCGGAAUUUUCUGGAGCGUCUUUGCAUAGUGUGCCACUUGAGGGUUUAAAUGUGCGAGACUAG